AUGGAUCAGCGGAAGUACUGCCGGCGCGCCUGGCAGCCGCACCAGCAGCGGCUUCUGGUGCGGUGUGACGUAGCCAGCCUUCAGGCGGAGCUGGACCCGGCGCCUCUGCGACUGCGGCCGCACGAGGCUGUGCGCCGACUGCAUCUGGUCUGCGUGGAGACGGGCCUGCCGCACGGUCCCCUGCACCCGGGCGCCUUCCGGCUCUUCCCCGACCUCGAGGAUCUGCGGAUCGAGCAGUGCCUGAUCCAGGAGCUGUCGCGCGCCUCGUUAGAGGGCCUGCACAAGCUUAAGAACCUGACAUUCCGCACCAACGGCGUGGAGUGGUCGACCGCGGCCACGCUGCGCCUCUAUCCGGACACGUUCGCCGGGCUGCCGCAGCUGGAGCUGCUCGACCUCGGCGGCAACAACCUCUGGUCACUGCCGGCCGGCGUAUUCUGCCGCCUAGACCAGCUGCUCACGCUCAACCUCACCAACAACCGGCUCAGCGACCUGACCAACGUGUCGAUGGCGGCGACUGGCGGCGGCGCCUGCCGCCUGGCCGUGCGCGACCUCGACGUGUCCGGCAACAAGCUGGUGUCGCUGUCGUCGCGGCACUUCCCCGGCCUGCCGCUGCUCACGCGCCUCCUGCUGGACCGCAACGAGAUUCGCGAGCUGGGCGACGGCCUGCUGCGCGCGCUGCCCGCCCUGCAGGUGCUCAACGUCUCCAGCAACCGGCUGUCGGCGCUGCCGCCGGACGCCUUCCGCGGCGCCGCCGCGCUCACCGAGGUGCACCUGCAGCGCAACGAGCUGCGCGUGAUCGCGCCGGGCGUGUUCGCCGGUCUCUCGAGCCUGCUCGUCCUCGACCUGUCGCACAACCGGCUGUCCGGCGACUGGGUGAACUCGGACACGCUGGCGGCGCUGCCCGGCCUGGUGGUGCUGCGGCUCGCGCACAACAACGUGUCGCGCGUCGAUCCAGCCAUGUUCGAGUCGAUGCGGCAGCUGCGCGUGCUCGCUCUCGACGCGAACGCGCUCGAGACGCUGCCGGCGGGCGGGUUUGGCCGGCUCGGGGCGCUCACCGAGCUGGGGCUGGCGCACAACGGGCUGACACGGCUGCCGGCCGGUGCGCUGGGCGGCCUCGGCGCGCUCACCAGCCUCUCGCUGCGCGCCAACGCGCUGGUCGAGCUGGACGAGGCAUCGCUGGUCGAGGCGGCAAAGCUGCGCACGCUCGACUUGGCCGACAACCGACUGGCGGGCGUGCCGGCGGCGCUGGGUCGGCUGGCGCGGCUCAAGUCGCUCGACAUCGGCGGAAAUCGGAUCGAGCGCCUCGACAACGCGUCGCUCGCGAUCCUGCCCGAGUUGUUCGCGCUCGAGUUGGAGGGCAACCACAUCAGCGCGCUCGUGGACGCGCCCUUCGCCAACCUGACGAAGCUGCGCGCGCUGAACCUGGCGCGGAACGAGUUAGAGUCGCUGGAACCGGACGUGUUCGGCGUUCUGGAGAAUCUGCAGAUGCUGCGGCUGGACAGCAACCGGCUCGUAUCCGUGCGCGGAGCGCUGACCGGUCUGGACAGCCUCAAGUGGCUAAAUGCCUCCAACAACCGUCUGUCGUCGUUCGACUACGCCGACGUGCCACGAAGUCUGGAGUGGCUCGACCUGCACAGCAACCGGCUGACCGAGCUGGCGAACACACAGGAGCUGGAGAAGGAGCUGCAGCUGAAGACGCUGGACAUCAGCUUCAACAGCAUCGACACGCUCAGCCCGUUUCAGCUGCCCGAUCGGCUGGAGACGCUGAUCGCCAACGACAACGUCAUCUCGCACGUGUACCCGUACACAUUCUUCCGCAAGCAGAACAUCUCGCGCGUGGUCCUGUUCGCUAACCAGAUCACCACCAUCGACAUCAACGCCUUCCGCUUGAACCUGGGCCCCGGCCACGCGCGGCCCGAGUUCUACAUCGGCGGCAACCCGGUCAUGUGCGACUGCCAGCUGCACUGGCUGAGUGAGCUCAACGCCAACAACGACUCGUCGCAGUACCCACGCCUCAUGGACCUCGAGAGCCUGUUCUGCCGGCUGGCGUUCAACGUACAGCGAAACCACAUGCCGCUGGUGGAGGUGCCUCGCUCACAGUUCCUCUGCCCGUACACCAGCCACUGCGCCACGCUCUGCCAGUGCUGCCAGUUCGACGCGUGCGACUGCGAGAUGACGUGCCCGGCCAACUGCACGUGCUACCACACGGCCGACUGGACGGGCAACAUCGUCGACUGCACGUCCGCGGGUCACACAGUGCUGCCCGAGCACAUCCCGAUGGACGCCACCGAGCUCUAUCUGGACGGCAACCGGCUGCCGCGACUCUCGAGUCAUGCCUUCAUCGGGCGGCGCCACCUGCUCGUGCUCUACCUGAACGACAGCCGCGUGCGCACCGUCACCAACCGCACAUUCAACGGGCUCACCGGCCUGCAGGUGCUGCACCUCGAGCGCAACCAGAUCGCACGCCUGCAUGGCUUCGAGUUCGACUCGCUCUCGCUGCUGCGCGAGCUCUACCUGCACAGCAACGCCAUCGCCAGCAUCGGCAACGGCACGUUCGCGCGGCUGACGUCGCUGCAGGUGCUGCGGCUCGACGGCAACCGGCUGGUGCGCUUCGCGCCUCUGCAGCUGGCGCGCCACGCGCACCUCAUGUCCGUCAACGUCUCGGACAACCGGUGGACGUGCGACUGCGACUUUCUGGAGCGGUUGCGCGGCUGGCUAGCGACGGCCGGCGGCGCGGUGGUGGCGGCAGAGCGACUGGUCUGCUUGCCGGGCUCCGGCGCCCCGCCGCGCCUCGUCGCCGACCACAACGCCACCACCUGUCGCCUGCUCAACAGCACGGUGGCCACGCAAGUGUACCAGGGCCGCGCCGCCGGUGACUACGCGUUCAUCGUAGCGGCGUCCGUGCUGGCGCUCGUGGCCGUCGUCGUGGCCGUGGUGGUGUACGUGUUCUGGCACGAGAUGCGCGUAAUAGCCUACGCCAAGUACGGCGUGCGAAUAUUCCGCGGCGGCGCGCGUGCCGAGGCCGACCGCGACAAACUGUUCGACGCGUUCGUCAGCUACAGCGCCAAAGACGAGACGUUCGUGUUGCAGGUGUUGGCGAGCGAGCUGGAGGGCGACGCGCCCGGCUUCAAGCUCUGCCUGCACCACCGUGACUUUCCUGUGCGCUCGUACGUGGCCGACACAAUAGUGCAGGCGAUCGAGGCGAGCCGGCGAACUAUUAUGGUCUUAUCGGACCACUUUAUCAGGAGCGAGUGGGGCCGGUGCGAGGUCAAAUCGGCACACCACCAAGCGCUCAGCGGCCGCGCCAGCCAGCUCAUUGUGAUAAUUGUCGGCGACGUGCCCACCCGGGAGCUGGACCCGGACCUCAGGCUCUAUCUGAAGACGAGCGCCGUGCUGCACUGGGGCGACUCGCUCUUCUGGGAGAAGCUCCGCUACGAGCUGCCCGACACGCGGGCGGCGGCGCGCAGCGGCCAGGCGCCGGCCUACGAGUACCCGAUGGCGGUGCACAUCUGAGGCGGCCGUCGCCGCCGCCGCUGGCUAGUCACGUCCACCGCUCGCCGACUAAGCGACGCUGACAGAGGCGGGCUGACAAGCGGCGGGCGGCCCUCUCCGGCGGUUGCGCCGUGCCUGCUCUGCCUGCGUACUGACGCCACAGUGUCGGCGCCGUGACAGCAUAGGCCGAGCUAGACACUGAUCCGUCCUCCCAACUCUCUCUCUCUCUCUCUCUCUCUCUCUCUCUCUCUCUCUCUCUC